CGUCGUGACGGAACGACGCAUGUUACUGUUUGAACAAAACCAAACAAUAAAUACAUGGACAGCCGUUGUGUUAUUAAUAAUUAAGAAACUAAAAUGAAAUCUUUUAUGUGACAACAGUAUUGUAAAACAGCGUGUGCAGUGUUAACAAAUAUGUUUCGAAUCUAAUGUGUAUUUAGUUUAGAAGCCAAUUUCGUGUACAUAGUAAUGGAAUCGCAAAUCGAAACCCAAACGAAGAAGCAGCCGAAGCCUUUCUCGAUUGAAUCUAUAAUCGGCACUGACCGGAAGUCGCCGGAAAUCGACAUCGAGAAUAACAUUUCGGAGAAUUCUAGGAAUUCGGAAGAUGACGACGCUGAUAGAUUGGAGGGAUUGAAUCAGAUGCGAUAUUACGCGCCGUUUUUGAAUAAUGGCGUUAGUUUCCCGUUCCUGCUUGGCUACCACGAGCCCUGGCUGUCCAGGAUUAUAGGGUCAGGUCCCGGGCCAAGCCCAGAGGAGGGCAGAGAGAAGAGAGACAGCCCUGUCAGCGUGGGAAGCGAAGAAAGUGACGGUGGAGAAGAUAAUGCGGCAGGCAACGACUCGGAACCAGACCAAGAGGACUCGAGCACGGACACCCCACGAGAGAACAAGGCGCGGAGAAGAAGAACGGCUUUCACUUCCGAACAGCUUCUAGAACUGGAGAGGGAGUUCCACGCUAAGAAAUACCUCAGCCUUACGGAGAGGUCGCAGAUUGCUGCGGCCCUAAAACUCAGCGAAGUGCAGGUGAAGAUAUGGUUUCAAAAUCGCCGCGCCAAAUGGAAACGAGUCAAGGCCGGUCUGGCGUCCGGAAGCCAUUCCGGUAAAAACGCUAACGGCACGAAAAUCGUUGUGCCAAUACCGGUCCACGUGAACCGUUUCGCGGUCAGAACGCAACACCAUCAGAUGGAGAAACAAAACGGCUUGCAAUACCGCUUGGAGCGGACCCAGCCUUUACCCGGGAACCUGCACCAAUCCCAAACAUCGGCGUUUCUGAGCGCGUCAAAAAUCGCCGAAAACCGAUUAAAUAUAUCGCAUAACCGGCAAGAAUCGAUAAUGGCUGGCGGUCACAGCGCUAUUUAUGACCCUAUGUCCGCUAGAUUGGCUAAUGCACAGGCCUUAAGAUACCCGAAUCAAAAUGGCCGACCCAGCUAAUUUAAGGAUAAUUACAAAUGAUUUUAGUUGAAACCCAAUUCCGAAUGCUAUGAAUUGAGAUUCGGUUGAGGGCUCAGAGUGCCUCUAUAAACAAAUCGAUCGGUUUUAACUGAAACACAAAAUAUGUUAGUUAUAAACAGCUAUAAGAGAAUUAUAAGUACUUUGUAAGUUAAUUUAAGUAAAAUAAAACUUUUGUAUAAAAUUCGUGUGUAAUAAUAUAAUUUAAAUGUAUCCGUAUUCCUGUAUUAAUAAAAGAUUUAAAA